CAUUAGCACAAUAACCACCGCUCACCUUCACCACACUUUAAGGAAUAAUGGGAAUUUUAAAGUUAGAAGACUUGAUAGAUCAGAUACCUUCUCUCUGUGAGGAGGUUAACAUAGAAAAAACAGGUCUCAUCAUUGAUGGUGCAGCUCUGUACUAUUUAUUGUAUUAUUACUCUGAUCUGAAGCUGGACCAGCGCUGUGGAGGAGAUUAUCCUGGAUUUAAAGAUGAGGUCUGUAACUUCUUUAAGACUCUGCAGGACUGUGAAGUCACUCCGUACGUUUUCCUGGAUGGAGGCUCAGGAUCUGACAAGCGUGAACAUCUUGUGUCUCAUCUAAAAAAAAAACUGGAAAAAGCAAAGACAGUAGCAGAGAUUGAGCUUGGCUGCACUGUACGAAAAAGAUACAGGCCUAACGUCUUACCACCUCUGGUCAGAGAUGUCUUCAUAGAAAUCUUGAAGGAGAAAGGCAUAGAGUUUAAACAGUGUUUAGGAGAGGCAGACCCUGAGAUUUUUUCUGCUGCAAAUCAGAAACAAUGUGCUGUGCUGUCCAUUGACACAGAUUUCUGCAUCUAUGAUGUGAACAAAGGUUUCCUUCAUCUUAAACACUUUGAGUGGAAAAGAAAGAAGGAUGGAAAAAUUCCUGCUAAGCUCUACACACGUUCAAAUUUUUGUGAGCAUUUUAAAUUGGACCCUGCUCUCAUGCCAGUCUUUGCUUCAAUAGCAGGAAAUGAUUGUUCAAGAUUAGGUAAAGAAAUAUUUGCAAAUGAAUCAUCUUCACCUGGCCAAAACGACAUCAAACGACUGUAUGGUAUGCUCACAUUUUUAAGCAAAUUGAAGCUGGACAGCUGUAACGAUUCAGUGAAGAGAGAACACGCUCUGCAAAAUGCUGUAAAUCACGUUCGUGAGAUCGAGGACAGAUCUUUCAAACUCUCCAUUCAAAAAUAUGUUGAACCAACAAAGACUGAUUCUGAGCUGCCUUUAUGGGUUCUUCAAAAAAUUGAGCGUGGAGAACUCACCACUUUCGUCAUAAAUAUUGUGGAUCAGAAGACAAUGAUCCUGCCUGCUCUUGUGGAGGACUUUUCACAGCCAAGCAGUUACACAGCUGCUUACCCCAUCAGACAGUACUUCUAUGGACUGUUAACUGGAGGUCAGAUGUGCACUGAAUAUGACAGGGAUAGAGAAGAGAUCAAAGAUAAGCGUGUCCCAUCAAUACUCCUCAGCAGUGAUGAACAGAAACAACUGGAACUAGAGCAUCUGCAUGAGGCUCCUGAAGAUUUGCGUCGCAGGGUGUUUGAAGAAGCUCUGCAGGUUCAGACUUCAGCCUUAGAAAACAUCCCCGACCAGCUGAAGCUGCCAGUCUGUGUGACUGUUUUCUGGUUCAAGAGGCUACAACACCACCCAAAACCUGAAACUGUCCACUGCCUCCACGCCCUCCUGCUGGGGUUUAUGUAUCACCAUGACAGUCCAGAAGCUAACAGAGAGGUUGAAGCAGCAUCGACAGCCUCCUCUCCAAAUGAUGGGAAACAAGAGGACGAGUUUGAGAGGAAGAUGAAAACUUUAAAGGAUGCAGCUAUCAGGAGGAAAUGGCAGCCCCGUGUGGCUCAUGCUUUCAGCCAAUGGCAGUGCUGCAUGAGGCAGAGCCUCCACCUGAACCAGCUGCUGUGUUCCCCUCUACCAGAACCUCAGUGUGCCCGGCUUUACUGUGGACCUCUCCUUCAUCGGCUGGCAGAUGAAGACACGAUUGAAGAAGUACAGAAAACACUGAGAGGAGAAAAGAAGGAAUUGUAUGAGAACCUAAAGACUGUUGUAAUCCAUAUUCUGGAGAGGGAUCCUCUCAGUCCUUGA